AUGGACAGUCAACUACUAUUGACAUCACUCGUGGUGAAGGUCUUGGUGAUUCAGCGCAAAGGGGAGGAUUGGAAGAAAGACAACAAAUUGGUGCUGAUCGUGUCAGAAGUGGCCACACCGAAGGUGAUUCUGAACGGGAAGAAGGUCCACCUUCUAGUCCUUAACUUGAUUCUGAUGGUGGUGAUUGUCGUGCUUCAGGCAAGGAGGGUUCCAAGUGUAAAAACAACCGUGAUGUAUCUGAAGAUUCUCAUGCUGACUGUGCGGACCCACCUGGCAAGGAGCACUGCACUAAAAAGGAUGGUGAAAGUGAAGCCAAUUACCUGGAAGCAUCUGAAACUCUUUGUCCACAACCAACAGCACCAAAGGAACCAGCUCCCACAUCACCAAAGGAACCAGCUCCAACUUCACCAAAGGAUCCUAAUUCACCUAACGGACAGAAUGCUUCUGGUACUAUUGUUAAUGGUAAUGUUGGUGAUGGUUCUAAUGGUGGUUCUUCUUCUGAUCAUCCUGAUACACCUCCUCUCACUGCUGCUUCUUCUUCUCCUGCUGAGGAGAGUGCUGCUCCGACUGAAGGUGGCAGUCAAGCUGGAGGCAGCGGCAGCAGUGCACCAGGUGAAGGUGCAGCAGAUAAUGCGAAUGCUGAGGCAACACAACCUUCUUCGUCUUCUUCCAGCAGUUCAGAGAGAGAUAAUGCAAGUGGUUCUGAUACUGCAAACGCUGGAAAUGGCACUACUUCUCCAGAGGGUGAAUCUCAAAGUAACUCAUCUGGUGUGGGAAAUACAGAAACUACCACCACCACCACAGCAACAACAACAACACUUCCUCCUGAACUCACAAACAACAAGAAGGGUGAUGCAGACAGCAGCAGGAGUAUGA